AUGAAACUAAUCACCAUCCUUUUUCUCUGCUCCAGGCUGAUCCCCAGUUGGACCCUGGAAACUGUAUCGGAGCAAAUUGACUGCAACAAUGAGGAUGUGUUUAAAGUUGUGGAUACUGCUCUGAAGAAAUAUAAUGAUCAAAGCCAGAGUGGCAAUCAGUUUGUAUUGUACCUCAUCAGCCAGGUUAUCAAGAUGGAAGAUUCUGGCACAUUUUAUACCAUCAAGUAUGAGAUCAAGGAGGGUGAUUGUCCUGUUCAUAGUGGCAAAACCUGGCAGGACUGUGACUUCAGUGAAGCUGCAGAUGCUGCCACAGGAGAAUGCACAGCAACAGUGAAGAAGGGGACUAAAAAAAUGAUCCUUGCCACUCAGACUUGCCAUAUAACUCCAGCUGAAGGCGCUGUGGUGACAACCCAGUACAACUGCUUUGGCUGCGUGCAUCCGAUAUCAACCGAAAGCCCUGACCUGGAGCCCGUUUUGAGAUACGCCAUUCAACACUUCAACAACAACACUGAGCACUCCCACCUCUUUGUUCUUCACAAAAUAAAGUCAGCCAAAAGACAGGUGGUGGCUGGAUGGAACUAUGAAAUUGCCUACUCAAUUGCACAAACUAACUGCUCCAAGGGGAAUUUUCUAUUCUUAACUCCUGAGUGCACAUCCAUUCAAAAUGGUGAUAGUGGUGAAUGUCGAGAUCUUGCACAUGUGGAUACUCAGCUGAGAAUUGUUUCCUUGUCACAGAACUGUGACCUCUAUCCAGCAGAGGAAUUUGUACUUCCUAGGAUUUGCCCUGGCUGUCCCAAGGAGAUAGGGGCUGAUGACCCAGGUCUACAGGAGGCUUUAGACCAUUCCAUCAUAAAGCUUAAUGCAGAAAAUAAUGCAACUUUCUAUUUCAAGAUGGACAGUGUGAAGAAGGCGACAGUACAGGUGGUGGCUGGGAAAAAAUAUUCUAUUGUCUUCACAGCCAAAGAAACUAUGUGUUCCAAGGAAAAUAAGGAAGAAUUAUUGACUAAAAGUUGUGACUUCAACACAGAUGGAAAAGCUCUAGAAUGUAAAGCUGAUGUUUAUGUGAUACCUUGGGAGAGAAAAGUUUACCCUACUGUCAACUGCAAAGCACAAGUCUUGGACGCACUCAGGAAAAGGCCUCCAGGUUUUUCACCUUUCCGAGCUGCAGGGAAUCAAGCGGGAACAAAAGUAACAACUGUAAGUCCACCCCACACUUCCAUGGCAUCUGUACAAGCUGAAGAGCAGGAUCCCAAAAAAGACCAAAGACCCACUCGUGGGCAUAGCGGGGGCCAUGGAAAGCCACUAAAACAUGGCAUUGUCCAUGGCCAUAAACAUGAGCAUGACCAAGGCCAUGAGCACCAAAGGGGACAUGGUUUUGGCCAUGAACACCAACAGCAACAUGGCCUUGGUCAUGGACAUGAGCGUGGCCAUGGCCAUGGAAAACAUAAACAUAAAGGCAAAACCAAUGAAAAGCCCAAUGGUGGGAGUACAGAGCAUUUGGCAAGCCUGUCUGAAGAUAGUACUACAUCUUCUGCACAGACACGAGAGAAGACGGAAGGGCCAACACUCUUGCCUUUCUUUUCCCAGCCAGUAAAAGCAGUCACAGUUUCUGACUUCGAGGACUCAGAUCUCUUUGCACCUGUGACAUCUAGUACACCACCACCUCUCACUGAGGAUGAUGAUGACUGGAUCCCCGACAUCCAGUUAGACCCAAACAGCCUACCAUUUAACCUGAUAGCUGAUUUUUCGGAAACAACCUCCCCAGCAUGUCCUGGACGCCCAUGGAAACCAGUUAACAGGAUGAAGCCAGCUGUGGAAGCCAAAGAAUUUAAUGAUUUUGAUCUUGCUGAUGCUCUUUAA